AUGGAACCUGCACAAACCCAACUAGCUCGUGCCUUGCCACCAUUAAACUUGAACUUCGGAACGGCAAAUCCAUCUAUCCACAGUGAUCUGUGGGAUUCGUUUGUUCGUGAUGCUUUCGACCUCUUCCGCCAGACACCCAUUACCCACGAGGUAACCUUCCACGACGAAGACGAAUUAUACACAGUUGGAAAUGAGCUAGGUCUCACUGGAAGAUUCAUCCGAAACCUAUGUGACCCAGUUAUAAAAGCACUCAAACCCCUUCCAGGCAUGUCUUCCAUGAGAUUCGCUGAUAUCCAGGCUAUUUGUCACGCAAGUGAUAUUGCUCCGGACGUUUCUUUGGGUCUGGUCAACAGCGAGCGUACGCCUGACAAUGUUUAUUUGGUCGGGGAGUUGAAAACGUCUUGGGCAGUUCCUGAGGCUUAUAUGAGACUGAAUCAACCGAGCACCUCUUAUCACCUUGAACCUCUGAUCGGUAUGUCCCUGCUUAUCUCAUACUCAUCCCGAGGUCUCUUACGUAUCUCUUGUCUUUGUUAUUAUGGAAACUUAGCUGACUCUGUUCCCGAUGAACUGCUAGGCCAGCUUGCUAAUCAAAUGCGAAUGGCUUCCCUGCAAUACGGUUUCAUCUCCACAUACAAUUCGACGGUUUUUGUGAAAAGGACCGCUGACACUUGCUUUCUGCUCUCGCAACCGGUCAAAUAUAACGCCCUACAACCAUCGCUUCGCCAACUUUUUGCAGGGUUCUGUCUGAUGGCCUUGUCCGAGCCGCGGUACCACGAGAGCCCGUCUUUUCCUGUCACUAGUCUCAGAGGCGCUCCCCCGGUACGUGUUCCAAACCGUCUCCGUGGCCAUGAUGACCCCUCGGCACCACCAGCUGCCACCGGAACCGAAGUCAUCACUUCAACGAGUGUGAUACUGGAUAAUGGCUCAACCGCACCUAUUAUCGUCAACUGCUGCCAACAGAUAUCAACUCCUAGCGUGGACGACAAAGCGGUUUGGUUAGCCAGCAUGAAUAACUCGCCUGUUAUUCUAAAGUGUUGGAGACCUAAGUUAGAUCAGUUGUUUGAUUCUGAGGCAGGUGUCUACGAGCGUAUCUGGCAAAGUCAACCCCCCGGCACAAAUAUUUUCGCGAGGUGGAUAGCAAUGGGGCGAAUCAUUUGCUCUAGUGUUUUUCCAGUCGGAUAUGCAAUUGUUCUCCAAUAUAGAGAGGGCGCCAGGCUCAGCGAUAUCUGGCAUACACUCAACGAACUUGAGCGAGCAUAUGUCAAGACUCAGUGUCUCAAUGGAAUCAACGCCCUUCGGCAAGUUGCUGUGCGUAUUGACGAUGCUGGUAUGCAUAAUAUACUUUACAGCAGAUCAAGCCGGACGGUGACUCUACUCGAUUUUGAGACUGCAGUGGAAGUGGAGCCUGACACCCUUAUCCCCACCUUUCACGAGAUGGGAGCAAUAUUCGGACCGAACGCUAUGCUGGGACAUGAGCAUGAAGGAUAG